AUUUUAGAAUCACGAUUACUUGCGUGAUCACGUUUCGUGUCUAGGAAAGACUUAAAAAUGCGUUACGUGGCCGCAUAUCUCCUCGCCGUCCUCGGUGGAAACGCAAACCCUACUUCCAAAGAUAUAAAGAAGAUAUUGGACAGUGUGGGCAUUGAAGCAGAUGAUGAAAAGUUGGACAAAGUUAUUAGUGAAUUGAGUGGGAAAGAUGUUCAGGAAGUUCUAGCAGCAGGAAAGCAAAAGCUGGCUUCUGUUCCGUCUGGUGGUGCCGUUGCUGGAGGUGGUGCUGCUGCUGCUGCAGAAGAAAAAGUGGAAGAGAAAGAAGAGAAAAAGAAAGAAGAAUCCGAGGAGGAGUCCGAUGAUGAUAUGGGCUUUGGUCUAUUUGACUAGAUUAUAAAAAUUAAUUUGCAACUUCAGUUCAGCAAAAAAGGCUGCAUUAUUUUUGUUCCUUAUAACAUCAUAGGUUCAAUAAAAGACCGAAUGUAAUAUUAUU